AUGGGUGAGGUGACUACGAACUGGACAGCCUUGCUCGACAAUCUCGAGAAACGCAUAGUCGGAGGAGAGCCUACGGAUUUGAAGCAGUACCCUUUCAACGUGCAAUUUUUCAACUUUGGUGGAUUAUGUGGCGGCACUAUCCUCACCAGCAAGACAGUGUUAACGGCAGCUCACUGUUUUGAUCAAAAUCGCAAUAUCGCGGAUAUGACUGUGGUGUCCAACUCCCGCUUUAUUUUCGAUCUCCAAGCCAGUUCUCACGAAGUGUGGGAAUUCAAAAUUCACGAGCGAUACAACGACACCAUCGUCUUCUCUAACGACAUCGCCAUAAUAAUGAUUCACGACCAAUUCAAUUUCAACGACACUACCAAAAGAGGAAUCUUAUGCGACAACGAUCAAUGGAUGAAUGAGAAAGAGAUUUUCGAAGCGACAGGUUGGGGCGAGGUUAAGCACAAGGGCGACACUUCCAAAAGGGGACUGAUGCACACGAAUUUGAGUUUCGUCUCAAAAGAGAGAUGCAUGACGCUUAACAAGGCGGUCGUGAGUCCAGACAUGUUCUGUUUGUACGGCGACGGAAUCAGAGACACGUGUCGAGGCGAUUCUGGCGGAGGCGUGUUGUGGAAUAACGUUGUCGUUGGAAUUGUAUCACAUGGCAGUGGAUGCGCCCUCACGCCAGCGAUGUACACCAACGUUUUCUAUUUCAGAAAGUGGAUCAUCGCGACUGUCUCGAAGUUGAAUGAAAAAUUUUGCCUAUUCCACAAGAAUUCUCCUGACUCCGUU